AUGUGGUUCACAUUGAUACUUCUUGUGUCCAUUUCCAAGUUUGUUUUAUGUAGUGACGGUGAUCGAUCUCCGUUUUACAAUCAAUGUCUGAAGAAUUGUAAUAAUGAAAAUUGCACGAAAGAAAAUCAAUUUAAGCCACAUGCUGCAGCUAUGCAAGACAUAUGGAGUAAAAUAUCAUGGUGGACUUGUGUUGAUGAAUGUCGAUACAAUUGUAUGUGGAAAACCGUACAAGGAUUUGAAGAACGCGGCUUCAGUACACCUAAGUUUCAUGGAAAGUGGCCAUUCAGGAAAAUUAUCGGUGUGCAAGAACCAGCUUCCACUUUUGCCUCUUUGCUAAAUCUUGCUGUCCAUGCCUCCAUGUAUCAUGAAAUAAUAAAGCAGUUUCCUAUUAAAACAACACCUAUAGUUCUCUUUUGGCAUGUAUUUGCUAUUGUAUGUAUGAAUGCAUGGAUAUGGUCUACAAUUUUCCAUACCAAAGACAACUAUUUUACAGAAUUCAUGGACUAUGCAUGUGCAUUGUCUAUGGUAAUUGCGUUAUUUGUUGCUGCUGUAUUAAGGGUGUUCCACAAGAGAAGAAAAUUGUGUGCAGUGGCAUUACUAGCAACAGUGGUGUAUUUCGUGGAACAUGUCCGAUAUUUGUACACUGGUAGAAUUGACUAUGACUAUAAUAUGCUAGUGAACAUCUGUUUUGGGGUCGCAGGCUCCGUAAUCUGGUUAUUAUGGGCCGGGGUUCAGUAUAUAUCUGGUCGGCGCGAAUGUUGGUGGCUGGUGGCCUUCACGUUGGCGUCAGGCGCGGCACUUACCCUGGAAUUGCUAGACUUCCCACCGCUUUACGGCUGGGACGCGCAUGCUCUAUGGCACCUUGCCACUGUGCCAUUGCCUUUACUAUUCUACAGAUUCGUGAUCGAUGAUCUCAAUUACCUAAAGACUAUACCCAGUGGAAAAAGUAGUCUAAAAUCAACUUAA